AAGUUCACAAAGCUAGCCGGUGACAACAACCAGCUAGUAUAGUAGCUAGUAUCGCCCCGAAAAGACAAUUUCCCUGUCGACAUGGAAGUAAAUCAAGCGAAACAGGAACACCUGCUCGCAUUAAAAGUGAUGCGGUUGACCAAGCCGACGCUCUUCACCAACAUGCCCGUGACGUGUGAGGACCGAGACCUGCCAGGGGGCUUGUUCCAGCAGCUGAUGCGGGAGGACCCCUCCACCAUCACGGGGGCCGAGGCGCUGAUGCUGGGGGAGAUGCUCACGCUGCCGCAGAACUUUGGGAACAUCUUCCUGGGAGAGACGUUCUCCAGUUACAUCAGCGUCCACAACGACAGCAGCCAGGUGGUGAAGGACGUGCUCGUCAAGGCCGACCUGCAGACCAGCUCUCAGCGGCUCAACCUGUCGGCCUCCAACUCCACGAUGGCCGAGCUCCAACCGGAGAGCUGCAUCGACGACGUCAUCCACCACGAGGUCAAAGAGAUCGGAACCCACAUCUUGGUGUGUGCCGUCAGUUACACCACGCAGUACGGGGAGAAGCUCUACUUCCGGAAGUUCUUCAAAUUCCAGGUGCUGAAGCCGCUGGACGUGAAGACCAAGUUCUACAACGCAGAGAGCGACCUCAGUUCUGUGACGGACGAGGUGUUCUUGGAGGCUCAGAUCCAGAACAUCACCACGUCGCCCAUGUUCAUGGAGAAGGUCUCCCUGGAGCCCUCCAUGAUGUACCACGUCACGGAGCUCAACACAGCGGCGGGCGCAGAGGACGGAGAGUCCACGUUUGGCAAGAUGUCGUACCUGCAGCCCACGGACACGCGGCAGUACCUGUACUGCCUGAAGCCCAAGCCGGAGCACGCGGAGAAGGCCGGCGUCAUCAAGGGCGUGACGGUCAUCGGGAAGCUGGACAUCGUGUGGAAGACCAACCUCGGGGAGAGGGGGAGGCUGCAGACCAGCCAGCUGCAGAGGAUGGCUCCGGGGUACGGAGACAUCCGGCUGUCUCUGGAGACGAUCCCCGACACGGUGAACCUGGAGGAACCGUUUGAUAUCAUCUGUAAGAUCACCAACUGCAGUGAACGAACCAUGGACCUGGAGCUGGAGAUGUGUAAUACCAGGUCCAUCCACUGGUGCGGCGUGUCGGGCCGCCAGCUGGGGAAGCUCAGCCCGGGGGCCUUCCUCCCUCUGCCCCUCACACUCCUUUCCUCCGUCCAGGGGCUGCAGAGCAUCUCCGGGUUGAGACUCAGGGACACGUUCCUGAAGAGGACGUAUGAGUACGACGACGUGGCCCAGGUGUGCGUGGUCUGCCCCUACAGCAGCAGCGCGUGCUAGGGUUAGAGGUUAGAGGUUAGGAGGUAUGGGGAGGUUUGAGGUUAGGGGUUAGAGGUUAGGACGUUAGGAGAGGUUAGGGGUUAGAGGUUAGGAGGUAUGGGGAGGUUAGGAGAGGUUGGAGGUUAGGACGUUAGGAGAGGUUAGGAGAGGUUGGAGGUUAGGACG